GCAAAUGCGCGCGUGCUCCGAGGCAGUCUCGCAACAAAGGAGGUUGCGCUAAUUGACUCACCUCGACUGCUACUAAUCUCUCGAUAAGUGCAGUGUGGACUGCAGCGAUGGCAUCCAAAGUGCUCGUGCCGACAGCUCCAUUUGCGAAAUUACAAAUAAAAAAGUCGCCGACCGAGGCGAGUGGCAGUGGUUUCGUCAUAGGAGGUGGCGAUGCUACCGCGAGGGUAGCACACCUGGAGCACAGCGUGAGAUUUCUCCAGGAACAGCACAGGCAGAUGCUAAGCGGUUUACACACUGAGAUCGAAGCCUUGAGAGAGAGGAACAGAGACUUACAGUUUCAACUGAUAUUCAAUAAGGAAUCUUCACCAAAAACGACGCCCGCUUCAGAAGAAAUUAAUGAGAAUAGUGAGGAGGCUAACCUGAAACGAGAAGUAAGCAGAUUAGAGCGCGAAGCAGCCGCCGCUCGGAGCGAAGCGCGGGCAGCCGAAGCCAGAGCUCUGCAGUUGCAACGGAUUUUGGAUGCACAAACAGAGAAGAUUCGGUCGCUGGAGAGCCGGACGUGCGCGUCGGAGGCGGAGGCGGAGGCGGAGCGGCUGUCGCCGGGCGCGGCGGAGUCCCGCGCGGAGCUGCGCGCGCGUCUCGGGGAGGCGGAGCGGCUGGUGCGGCGCCUGCGCGCGGACGCGGACCGCCAGCGCAGAGAGGUACUGGCGGCGGCGGCGGGGGGCGCCGUCACUAACCUGUUGUUUGACGGCGCGGCCGCGCGACACGCUCACGUAUGUCACAUCACAGCUAUGGGUGCGACGCCGCACGGUGCUAGGACUUAAGUAACGAUACGGAACGGGCGAACGAUACCCAUUUUAUGAACGAAAACUUCGCUUAGGGUGUUCGACGAUGAAAAAAGUAAUAAUAUUCAUUUUUAUAAAUAAUCUUCCUAUCUUAAACUUGGAAUUUAAAUCAUAAAUGGUCAGUUGCACAAACGUCCAUUAAGGUUUAAUGACACCUUUGAACUUUAAUGAUUGUCAAAUUUGUAUGGGUAAUGUACCUUUUAAUUGAUGGAAAUUUAAUAGACGUUUGUGCAACAAGCUGAAAGUAUUUUAAACUUGUCCUCGAAAACCGUAAAAUGUAAUGGCGCUCGUAUCGGCAUUGUAUAUCUGCAUGGCAUGACGUAAGUAGCAAAUAUUAUGUGACCCAAAUGAAUGAAAAAUGUAGGAUAGAAAAGUUGAUGAAUUUUAUGAACGUGACUAUAAUUAGAUGUGCUUACACGAUUACUCAUAGAAAGCCUCGCUCGUUCUGUAUUGAAUGUCUCAUCGUCGUGACUUUGCGAUACCUAGUUUUUUACGAAGAUUUAAUUAAUUAUACCUAUCUGACUGUGUGAAGUUGUGCCUGUAGCUGGAAAACUAUAACAGCUGAUAUUUUAUGCACGACUGAAUUAAAUACGUACCUAUUCAAAGUUUAUAUUAGGGUAGAUAUUUUGUGAAGUCCAUAAUAUAUAUACCUAUCAUAUCUCGUUUAAUUCAAUGUGUUUAAAGACAUUUAAGUUCAUUUCAAACGUUGCCUUAUUAUUUAUACAGUAAAAUACCUUGCUAUUUUAAAUAAGCCCUUGCUAAUAUUUACAUGGGAACUUUGAGAUUGAAUAAUAUGAAAAAAUAGUACUUACUCUAUCGGUGGAAGGAUUUUAUAAAUAGAUCCAAUAGUCAUUGAGUUUGAUCAUUAGAAACAAAAAUAUAAAUGUUCUUUUUUAAAUAUUAGUAAUUGAAUAAGUUUCACACACUUUACUUAAAUUAAAUUAAAGACUUCAACU